AGGACAGCCACAACAGCAGCCUGGUACUGCACAACAUGGACUAGGGCAACAACAGCAACCUCCUGCUGGCUCAUGGCAGGAGAAAGCAACUUUAGAACAAUUAAGUUUAUCGGAACCAAGUCAACCUGUUGAAAUGAUUGCAUUGAAAAAGGACACUACAACUGUGAAGAAGGUUGGUGGAAAAACUAUUGUACCAUUUGCAAUGCAAGAUAUGUAUAUUAAUCAAAUACCAAAGAGAAGUGGGCCUGGUGGAGGAGUAGCUGGCAGACAAAUCACUGUGGAAACGAAUAUGUUUAAAAUAGUAUUUAAUUCUAACUUCAAAGAAAAUAUUGUCCACUAUGAUGUGCUUAUUGAACCAGAUAGACCAAAAUUUUUAAUGAGGCGUGUUUUUGAGGCAUACCGCAGUAAGCAUUUUCCAAACAGAUAUCCAGCAUUUGAUGGAAAAAGAAAUGCGUAUAGUGCAGGUGAUCUUCCUUUUGGUGAUCACAGUAAACAGGACGACAUAACAGUUUUUGACCAUGAACGUCAUGAAGAUAGAGUUUUUAAAAUGUAUAUGAAAAAAGCUGCAUUAGUUAAUCUCUCGUGGUUAAAAAGUAUAAAGUAUGGCCUAGUCGACUUACAUAAGGAGCAACAAGGUAUACAGGCUUUGGAUAUUAUCCUACGUCAUGGAUCAUCAAACCACUUUAUUCCAGUUGGUAGAUCACUGUUUGCUCAACCAGAACCAGGCAGAGUUGUUUCAUUAACAAAUGGCUUGGAUUUGUGGGUUGGAGUAUUUCAAUCUGCCAUAGUUGGAUGGAGACCUUACUUGAAUUUAGAUGUUGCACACAAAGGAUUUCCUACACCUCAGCCAGUUAUUGAUUUGAUGAAGGACCUUUGUAAAGGAAGAAAUUAUGAACCACUUCAACACAUAACUCCAAGAGAUAUACAGUAUAAUUCUGAUAAGAUAUCGAAAUUCUUAAAAGGAUUAAAAGUUCAAUACGAAAUUCCUGGCCAACCUCGUUCUAAGAGAACGUACCGUGUCAGUGGAUUAGUCGAGUGUCCAAGGACAAAUAAAUUUACUUUGGACGAUGGUACUGUGUGUACAGUUGAAAAAUAUUUUGAAGAAACAAAAAAAUAUAAGUUGCAAUAUCCUGACUUACCAUGCCUUUGGGUAGCCCGAACCAAUAACAAGAAGAUACACUUACCCGUAGAGUUAUGUACCAUCAUAGCUGGACAAGUCACGCAAAAGAAAAUGGAUGAAAGUCAGACUUCGAAAAUGAUUCGACAAGCAGCGACUAAUACCGACAAACGUAAAGACAAGAUUAUGAAGGGUUUUGCGAAUAUGAGAUUAAAUCAACAACCAACUUUAACGAAAGAAUUCAACCUUUCGGUGACUGGGGAAUUUGAAAAAGUACCAGCUAGAGUUCUAGAUGCUCCCAAAUUAAAGUAUCUGGAAAGACAAGUUAAUGUAAUGAAAGGGGUAUGGCGCGCAGAUAAAUUUUGUAAAUCAUGCCAAUUAGAACCAGAUUCAUGGACUAUUUUAAAUUUAGACGGUUACAUUAAGGAUCGUGAUUUGUAUACAUUACACGAUAAAUUACAGUCUGGUGGUCAAUUCGUCAACAUGAGUAUUGGAAAAGCCUUAACACCAUUUACGAACUUAGCUAUCAGAGGUAAAAAUAUUACCCAAAUAUUGCGGUUCUUUGAAGAAAAAAAGCAACAAAAACUAAAAUUGGUAGUGGUAAUCAUUCCAAACUUUGACAACGCGUACAGUGUAGUAAAACAAAUUUCUGAAAUAAAAAUAAUGGGCGGUAUAGUAACUCAAUGUUUGAAGGCUCAAACUUUAAAAAAAUUAUCUGAUGCAACAAUCACAAAUAUUUUGCUGAAGAUUAAUUCAAAACUUAACGGUGUUAAUCAUACGUUUGCUCCUACAUAUCGUCCGAUGUGCUUAGCCAAACCGUGCAUGUUAGUUGGUGCGGAUGUCACUCAUCCAUCUCCGGAUGCUACAGAUAUACCAUCAAUCGCCGCUGUUGCUGCCAGUUACGAUGCCAGUGCUUUCCAAUAUAAGAUUGAGCUAAGACUUCAGGCACCAAGAGAAGAAAUAAUUGCAGAUCUUGAACAGAUUAUGAUCAACCAAUUAUAUUUCUUCUAUCAACAAACGAAAUGUAAACCUAUGAACAUAAUCUUUUAUCGAGACGGCGUAAGCGAAGGACAACUUCCUCAAGUGAUGCAUUUUGAAUUAUCCGCAAUAAGAAGGGCUAUUGCGCGUUUAGAAAAGGGUGAUCAUAAGAUUAAUAUUAUGUUCCUCGUGGUUCAAAAGAGGCAUCAUAUACGACUCUUUCCUACCGACAAAAGAAAUUCUGAUGAUAGGAAUUUCAACGUGCAAGCGGGUACCAUUGUGGAUACAGACAUCACACAUCCAACACACAUAGAUUUCUACCUUGUAUCUCAUGCUAGCAUUCAAGGUACCGCCAGACCCACAAAAUACAGGUGUAUAUGCAAUGAGAUUGGGAUGUCUGAAGACGAAAUUGAACAGCUAACCUAUUACCUUUGUCAUAUGUUUGCACGUUGCACGAGAUCCGUUAGUUAUCCUGCUCCUACCUAUUACGCUCAUUUAGCUGCCUUCAGAGCCAGAGCGUUGAUACACGAUAUUCCCUUGAAUAUAAAUAAUCUACAAGAGGAGCAGCGAAAGUAUAUGAACUUGCAAAUGAAUGAUACGCCAAUGUUUUUCGUAUAAAAAUAUGAAUGUUCCUAUAUUUUCGCAUUCAAAACAGACAGGUAAUAUGUUUUUGAUCAUUAUUAUACUAUGAUCAAUUAAUAAAUCAUUAAAUAAUUUUAUAUUAUAUAGCACCUGAUAUGUGAACCAUUAGUUAUAACAAAGAUGUGAUCCAGUAAAUAUUUCUUAUUUCACUAGUAGAUAGAAGUAACAUAUAAUCAUCGUUAUUGUAAGAUUUAUCUAAGUAAAUUGUUAAAAAUUGUAUUUACCCCAAUAAUAAAGCAACAAAGCUAAUUGUUUGACCGUA